UAGAAAUCAGAAAAUGGCGAACAAUGUCGGCGAUGGACAGGAAGAGAAGCAGCAGGGAAUUCCUCUGCUCACACCCUAUCAAAUGGGAAACUUUCACUUAUCUCACAGAAUUGUUUUGGCACCCCUGACAAGGCAGAGAUCUUAUGGCAAUGUUCCUCAGCCUCAUGCUAUUUUGUAUUACUCUCAGAGAACCACGAAAGGGGGUCUUCUAAUAGCAGAAGCCACGGGAGUUUCUGACACUGCCCAAGGAUAUCGCGAUGCACCCGGUAUAUGGACAAAGGAGCAGGUCGAAGCCUGGAAACCCAUUGUAGAUGCAGUGCACGCUAAAGGCGGUAUCUUUUUUUGCCAGCUUUGGCAUGUUGGCAGAGUUUCAAAUAAAGGUUAUCAGCCCAAUGGACAAGCACCUAUCUCUAGCACAGAUAAGUCAUUUACUCCCCAAAUUCAAGCCAACAGCAUUAAUGAAGCAGAGUUCACUCCUCCACGACGGUUAAGAACAGAUGAAAUCCCUCAAAUCAUCAGUGAUUUCAGACUUGCUGCACGAAACGCUAUCGAAGCUGGUUUCGAUGGAGUGGAGAUCCACGGGGCUCACGGGUAUCUAAUAGACCAGUUCUUGAAAGAUGGAAUCAAUGACCGAACAGACCAAUACGGGGGCUCUCUGGAGAACCGAUGCAGAUUUGCUUUGGAAAUAGUGGAUGCUAUUGCAAACGAGAUUGGAGCUGACAGAGUAGGGAUAAGGCUUUCUCCCUUUGCUAACUAUAUGGAAUCUGGAGACUCAAAUCCAAAGGCUUUGGGACUUUACAUGGCUGAAGCCUUGAACAAGUAUGGCAUUCUGUACUGCCAUAUGGUUGAACCCAGAAUGAAAACAGUUGUGGAGAAGAGUGAAUGCCCAGACAGUCUUUUGCCCAUGAGGAAGGCAUUCAAGGGCACUUUCUUGGUUGCUGGUGGUUAUGAAAGGGAAGAUGGGAUCAAGGCGGUGGCCGAAAACCGAGGCGAUCUCGUUGUCUAUGGCCGCUUAUUCUUGGCCAACCCCGAUUUACCAAAGCGAUUUGAGCUCAACGCCCCUCUUAAUAUGUAUAACAGAGACACAUUCUUUACCUCGGAUCCUGUGGUUGGUUAUACUGACUAUCCGUUUCUUGAAACCACUGCUUGAUAUGAUUCUAGGUGAGCCCCAUGUAUCCCAAAUCAUCAUAACUCUUUAGUUGUAUCCCAAAUCAUCAUAACUCUUUACUUGUAUCCAAUAC